CGCGGGGGAAGGGACGUGGCCGGAGUGCAGCCAUGGCGGCGGGGAAGCCUGGGGGUACCGGUGGCGGCACCAACCUGCUCUUCUCUUCCUCCGCUACCGAGUUCAACUUCACCGUGCCCUUCAUCCCGGUCAGCCAGGCUCCGGCUAUACCGCCGGGCCCCGCUCUCCUGGUUGCAGAUGAUUCUGCAGAUGUUGGUGAAGAGGACAGCUUCUUGGGUCAGACUUCUGCAAGCCCCAACCCACCACAGACUUUCAACUAUUUCUCUCAAGUCCCUAGUAGCAGUGAUCCAUUUGGAAGUAUUGGGCAGCCACCCUUAACAACUGUUGCACCACCUGUUGGAGCACCAGGCUUCUCCAGGCCUCCAACUUCACUUCCACUUGUGUCUGGGUCGCAGGAUGGGCAAAAUGCCUUUUCACCGCAUAUUCCCAAGUCACAGUCCUCUUACAGUGCACCACCUACUUCACAGGUGGGAAUCACAGCUUACCAGACUCCUCAGCAGAGCUGUCCCCCGCCUGCAAAUGCGUCUACUCUUCCCCAAGGAACAUCUCAGCAGGGGUAUAACCCUUAUCGGCACACCACCCUGAGCAGCAGAGCUAACCCAUACCUUACUCCGCCACAGCUGCAACAGAGUCAUGCACCUCCUCACCCACCAUCCUCUGUACCACCUGUCCAGAUGUAUCAGACACCUCCAGGAUCAUUGACACAGUUUCCACAGUCUCAGUCACAGCUCCGAGCUCCCAGGCCUGCAGGUCCACUGGUCCAGGCACCUCCUGUUUUGCUGCAGAACCAAUAUGAGCCGGUUCAGCCUCACUGGUUCUACUGUAAGGAGGUGGAGGACAAGCAAAUAUGGAUGCCAUUCAGCAUUCUGGAUUCUGCAAAACUAGAGGAAAUCUAUAAUUCUGUCCAGCCUGAUCCUGAGAGUGUGGUUCUGAGCACUGAUGGGGGACGCUAUGAUGUAUACCUCUAUGACAGAAUGAGAAAAGCUGUUUACUGGGAAGAAGAGCCUUCUGAAGUGAGACGGUGCAUGUGGUUUUAUAAGGGAGACAAGGAUAGCCGGUUUAUUCCUUACACUGAGGAUUUUAGUGAUAAGCUAGAGGCAGAAUAUAAAAGGGCUGUAACUACAAAUCAAUGGCAUCGGCGACUUGAAUUCCCAAAUGGGGAGACAAUUGUUAUGCAUAAUCCCAAGGUCAUAGUUCAGUUCCAACCUUCUGCCGCACCAGAUGAUUGGGGCACCACUCAAGAUGGUCAGGCAAGACCGAGGGUGGUAAAACGUGGAAUUGAUGAUGACCAUGAUGAAAUUCCUGAUGGAGAAAUGUCCCAAAUUGACCAUCUAGUAUUUAUGGUUCAUGGCAUAGGUCCUGUAUGCGACUUGAGAUUUAGAAGCAUUGUUGAAUGUGUUGAUGAUUUUAGGACUGUUUCUCUGAAGUUGUUGCAGACUCACUUUAAGAAAUCUUUAGAGGAACGUAAAGUAAGCAGGGUGGAAUUCCUCCCAGUUCACUGGCAUAGCUCUCUGCAUGGAGAUGCAACAGUUGUAGACAGGAACAUAAAAAAAAUCACUUUGCCAAGCAUUGGACGCCUGCGCCACUUCACCAAUGAAACACUCCUUGACAUACUGUUCUACAACAGCCCCACCUACUGUCAGACGAUUGUGGAUAAAGUGGGGAUGGAAAUGAAUCGUUUGUAUGCUCUUUUCAUGAGUCGCAACCCAGACUUCAAAGGAGGAGUCUCUGUGGCUGGGCACAGUUUAGGUUCCUUAAUUCUAUUUGACAUAUUGUCUAACCAGAAGGACUUGGCUUCAUCAGUAAAUACUGGACCGUUCUCUGGUGUUAAUGGGACUGUAAAAGACGUGGCUGUUCAUGAUAAACAGGUGACUGAAGAUACCAGUUCCUUGGGCUCCUCAAUUACUACUUCUGGUGAUGACUUUUGUGAGCCUGAAGUAGAUGAUGAUGUUCUUACUUUGCAGAAGACUCUGGAAAUGCUUAGUUUGUCGGAGUAUGCAAGCACAUUUGAAAAGGAGCGAAUUGACAUGGAGUCUCUGCUGAUGUGUACAGUCGAUGACCUGAAGGAAAUGGGGAUACCUCUUGGACCAAGAAAGAAAAUAGCUAAUUUUGUAAAAGAUAGAGCAGCCAAGCAGGAACAAAAGAAAGCAGUAGCAGAAAAGAAAGCAGUGCUGGCUGCCACACUCCAAACUCAAGAAGAUGCCCAGAAAGCAAAAGAGACGGUUAGUUCUGUCUCCCCUUCAGAGUCUGGUCAGCUGCACUCAAAGAGGAAGCUUCCAGUUGGUGCAUCCGUUUCUUCUGUGAACAUUGACUAUGAGUAUUUUGAAGUUGGAACUGGCCAGGUUUCUGUGGUUUACAGUGCCUUGGACUUUGAACCAGAUAUUUUCUUUGCUCUUGGUUCUCCUAUUGGUGUGUUCCUUACUGUGAGAGGCGUGGAGAAGAUUGAUGAAAACUACAGGCUUCCUACUUGCAAGGGAUUCUUCAAUAUCUAUCAUCCCCUUGAUCCAGUAGCUUACAGGUUAGAACCAAUGAUCAUUGAAGACAUGGAUUUAAAACCAGUUCUUAUUCCACAUCAUAAAGGCAGAAAAAGACUUCAUUUGGAGUUGAAAGACUCUCUCUCUCGUAUGGGAUCUGACCUGAAACAGGGUUUUAUUAGCUCUUUGAAGAGCGCAUGGCAGACCCUCAAUGAAUUUGCACGUGCUCAUACAUCUUCAACUCAGCUACAAGCGGAACUGGAGAAAGUAGCUAACCAAAUUAAAGAGGAAGAAGAAAAGCAAGUGGUAGAAGCUGAAAAGAUCACAGAAAGUCCAGACCCUCCAAAAGAUGAAGAUUUUUUAGUGAAGGUUGGAAUGCUAAAUGGAGGACGUCGUAUUGAUUAUGUUCUACAAGAAAAACCAAUAGAAAGCUUCAAUGAAUACCUUUUUGCUUUACAGAGUCAUUUGUGCUACUGGGGAUCUGAAGACACUGCCUUGCUGUUUCUCAAAGAAAUAUACAGGACUAUGAAUAUCAAUCCUGAGCAGUCACAGCAUUGAUGUAUAGAAACAUGAAUUUCCAUACCUGUUGCUCCGACAGACCUGGUGAAAAACACUUUGAAGAACAUCUAGUAUUUUCAUAGUUACAGAUGACAAGAUAAGCAUCAGACUUUUUUCCUGCUAGUCCAGAACUUGCUCAGACUCUACCUUCUUGUGUCACUUCAAGCAAACUUAAAUUUUGAGAUGAUCAGCACUGUCAUUCAAGAGAUGGAUGGAAUGACACAAUUUUGAUCUUAAAAGCAGUUUAAUUGUACAGUUGCCAAGUACAAAGUGAUCGCUGAAGAAGUUUUUUUUUUGGCAUGCAAAUCAUUACUUCUCUCCUUCAGCUAUCCUGUCUUAGCUGGCUGUCAAACAUGCUUUGCCUAUCAAGGCAGCAUGUCCUUAUUAAAAAGGACUUGUUGAGAAACAGCAGUAAUCUGCUUUUCUUGACACGUUUCUUGGUCCACCUUUUCAAAAUAAAAUGUGAACUGUAGUUAUAACCAUCUUUAAUACAGAUUACACAAAACAAUUCAUAUUUACUAAAAACUAGCAACCAGAAUAAUUUUCUUACUAUUGUAAGUGUGAUGGAAAUUAUUUUAUAAAGACCUUUUUAAGCCUCUGUUAAGAGUUUUAUUGUGGGUUUUUUUUAAGUAAAAAUGAACCUUUGACUUUGAAACUGUUAGAGGUUUGUUACAGCUAGUUCAGUGUUCACAUCUCCUGAAAUGAAGAACAAUUUAAAAUAACAAUUUGGUCUGGUAAUUAAGGUAAUUUUAGUGAAACUAGGCUGCAGUUGUGAGAACUAAAAUACUUACCUUGACCUUGCAGUUUAAUAUCUCAAACCAGUUAAUGUAAAUAGAGGAAUCUGAAGCUUAUGGGUGCUAGAUAAUAAUCUAGGUCCGGACCUGCAAUCCAAACUCCAUUUUCCUGUAAUGAAGUUGAGAUGAGUCGGGUAGUAUGAAAUCCUUUGAAUUCAUGUCUCUGAAUACUGAGCUUCUGUAGCUUUCCUCUGGCUUCAACUUACAUGCAAAUUGUGGCUUUUCUUAAUAUUAGUGACUUAACCUUACUACUGACUAAUUGCCUCUGUUAAUUGCAGUAAAUGAAUUUUGAAAUGCAGUAUGUUUUUUUUUUUCCCCUGGUAUAUGUAAAAUACACAUUAUUGUGUAUAUAUUUUGGUUAUUAUAAUUAAAAAUACCUUACUUCCAGUGGGUCCUUACAGCAAGGUUUUGUAUUUCAUCACAGAAAACAGGUUGGAAGGGACCUCUGGAGAGGUUACUUAGUCCAGCUCCACUGCUCAAGGCAGGAGUGGUUUUGGGCCUUGUUCAAGGAUGGAAAUCCUUCACCUCUCUGGGCCCUAUUCCAAUGUUUGACUACUGUGAUUGCAAAUUUUUUUGUAAUAUACAAUUGGAAUUUCCCAGGUGAAGCUUGUGUCUGUUGCCUCUUGUCCUUUCUCUGUGCGACUUCAAGAAUAAUGUCUCCAUCUUCUCUUGUACUUUCACAUUAGAUAGUUGUGGACAACAAGAAGAUUUUUCCUGUUUGGCUUCUUGAGACUGAACACUUUCCUUGACAUCUUCUUGCAUGCCGUGUGCUGCGGCCCUGUAGUCUUCCUGGGACUUUCCACUGGACGUGCUUUAGUUUAUCAAAGUCCAUCUUGUUCUGGGAAGCAAGUUUGCCAAAGGAAACUUUUUAUCCAAAACAAACGUAUUUGUAUCUUUGUAAAUUAACCUCUGAAGACCAAGUUUUCUAAGCUUUACAAUCUGCUUUGUUAGCUAGAAUACAAAUAAUAUAUUUAAAAAAA